UGGCGCUCCAAGUCCGGCCCCUCCCUCGCCGACCUGUCCACCUGCUGGCGCCGCAUGGAGCCCGACGAUGCCAUCCAGCCCAUGGAGCAGGGCAGGAUGCCGAAAGCCAUGAGGAGGGAGGAGCUGGAGGAGGGGGAGCUGGAGGAGGGCGAGCUGGAGGAAGGAGAGCUGGAAGAGGAAGCGAUCGACGUCUCCGAUUACCUGCCCAUGGCGCACCAGGACGCUCGGACCCCGGGCAGAGACGCCAGCCGAGGAGGGAGCUCCAUUGAAAUGACAGAUGACAACACUGCCAUCCGUGCCCUGACACAGUUCCCACUUCCCAAAAAUCUCCUGGCCCAAGUGAUUCAGAUUGCAACCUCUUCCUCCACAGUCAAGGAGUACAUGCAGUUCCGGACGGUGGGCACCAAGACCAAGAUCUGCAAGCUGACGCUGCGCUGGCCCUGCCCCAUGACCUUCGCUGCCAAGGGCCGUCGCAAGGUGGAGGCAGAGAACAAGGCAGCAGCACUGGCCUGUCAGAAGCUGAAGAGCCUUGGCUUGGUGGACAAGAACAACAACCCCCUCAGCCACGCAAUGUACAACAUGACUUCUCUGCGGGAGCUGGGUGAGAACCAGAGGAAGCCCUGUCACAUCAAGGUGCCCGAGGCCACCCUGCGCAAGAUCGAGAACUACCUGAAUCAUUACCCGGUGGACAUCAGGGAGUCCAGGCCCCGGAUCGCCGACGACAUGAUGAACCUGAGCAAGGAGUCGGGCGCCAUCAGCGACGCGAUCACGGGCAAGACGUACAUCCCCAUGCUGGAGGCGGAGGAGGUGCGCCUGAGCCAGAACCUGCUGGCCCUCUGGAAGAGGAGAGGAGCCUCCUGGCAGGAGAGCCACCCGCUGCCGGUGGAUCCCCACAAGGACACCAUCCUGUCGGCCAUCGAGCAGAACCCCGUGGUGGUGAUAGCGGGAGACACGGGCUGCGGGAAGACCACGAGGAUCCCCCAGCUCCUGCUGGAGCACUACAUCCUGGAGGGGCGCGGCGCCCGCUGCAACGUGGUGAUCACCCAGCCCAGGCGGAUCAGCGCCAUCUCGGUGGCCCAGCGCGUGGCGCAGGAGCUGGGGCCCAACAUGAGGAAGAACGUGGGCUACCAGGUGCGGCUGGAGAGCAAGCCGCCCGCCAGGGGAGGAGCUCUGCUCUUCUGCACCGUGGGCAUCCUGCUGAGGAAGCUGCAGGGCAACCCCAGCCUGGAGGGCGUCAGCCACGUCGUGGUCGACGAGGUGCACGAGCGGGACGUCAACACGGAUUUCCUGCUCAUCCUGCUGAAGGGCAUCCAGAAGCUGAACCCUGACCUGCGCCUCGUCCUCAUGAGCGCCACGGGAGACAACCAGCGCUUCUCACACUACUUUGGGGACUGCCCUGUGGUGAAGGUGCCGGGGUUCAUGUACCCGGUGAAGGAGUACUACCUGGAGGAGAUCCUGGCCAAGCUGGGCCGGUGUUCUGAUCCCCACGUCCCCUCCUGUCUUAUCCAGCAAUCAGAUGAUGAAUGUGUCCUUGAUCUUGACCUGAUCACUGACCUUGUACUCCAGAUUGAUGCCCACGGAGAACCAGGUGGGAUCCUCUGCUUCCUCCCUGGCUGGCAGGAGAUCAAGGGGGUGCAGCAGCGCCUGCUGGAGACACUCGGCUCUCAGAACAGCCGGUACCUCGUCUUGCCAGUGCACUCCAACAUCCCCAUGAUGGACCAGCAAAACAUCUUUCAGAGGCCUCCACCUGGUGUCAGGAAGAUUGUCCUGGCCACCAACAUCGCCGAGACCUCCAUCACCAUCAAUGACAUCGUCCACGUGGUGGACAGUGGCACGCACAAGGAGGAGCGCUACGAUCUGAAGACCAAGGUGUCGUGCCUGGAGACGGUGUGGGUGUCCAAGUCUAACGUGGUGCAGAGGCGCGGGCGCGCCGGGCGCUGCCAGUCGGGGUUUGCCUAUCACCUCUUCCCUCGCAGCCGCCUGGACAAGAUGCCCACGUACCAGGUCCCGGAGAUCCUGCGCACCCCCCUGGAGAACCUGGUGGUGCAGGCCAAGAUCCACAUGCCAGAGAAAACGGCGGUUGAAUUCCUUUCCAAGGCUCUGGACAGCCCUGACAUCAAGGCUGUGGAUGAGGCUGUGAUCUUGCUGCAGGAGAUUG